UGACGCAGAGGCAUUAAAAUCGAUUCAUGCAUUCAUGCUUUGGUAGUGUUCAAUCCUGCACCUUUUGAAAUAUCCUAAUUCAUAUGCAUGGAUGAUAAUGUGAUCUUUCACGUCUUCAAGCCAUAUUUGGCUUUGUAUGUCACGUGGUAAAGAAUCAAAACAAUAGUUACUGUUCGAAGGCGCGAAAAGUAUCACGUCAGCAGAAGACCAGUUGAAAAACAUUUUGCUGCCGCUAAUCGUGAGUGAGGAAGGGAAAAGAGUAACAACAAUGGCUGAUAACGAGGAGAUGCCAAGAAAACCAAGACACUGCUCUUACAGUGCAGCUGACGAAUACUUAGUUGACUCGAACGAAAAGAGGCUUGACAGAAGCCUAUCCGAGAACGAUGUCGACCCUGGUGAUUCCAACUACCCAGUCCGAUUGGACAUAAUCAUCAAGCCAGCUUUGAAGAGCCCACCAAACAUUCCAAUGUCCCCUGUCAAACCAGCACCCGCAACAAUACGAUGUAAGCUAGCAGAGGAACGAAGGAGAAGUCUUGAGCUAGAAGUUGUACAAAAGAGAAAGGAACACGAUGAAAAGAUACAGAUUGCACAGAAAGUAAAACAAGAGUCUGAUGAGCAAAGACAGAAGGCCAUCAAAGACCAGUAUGAAAAGAAGAUUAAGUCUAGCGAGGAGCUGUUGGCAGCACAGAAUCAAGAGAAGUCCAAGAAGGCGGCGGCCAACAACAAAAGACUGGAAGAGGCAAGAAAAAUACACGAUGAAAAUAUUGCUGCAAAAGUAAAGGACGCUGAGCAAAAACUUGCUAAGACUAUGGUCUCCGAAGAAAUUCGAGAGAAGCAAAUACAGAAAAUUGUCGAGAAACAACAAGACAACUUUAGAAAAAUACAAGAAGCGAAGAUGACCAGAGACCAACAGGAAAAAGAGAUUGCGGAACAAAAACGCAAAGAGCUGGAAGAGAGGGAUCUACUUGCUCAGAAAAAACGCGAAAGUUUCAUUGAAAAUCGUAAAGAAAAUCUGCACAAGCAACUUGAACACGUGGGUAUUGUGUUGGCAGAGAAGAAACGUGAAAAGCAGACGCAAGGAUAACCGACUCCAAGUAGAAGCAAAACUUCAAACAUUGUUAUGCAUUGACUAUAGCAAAUGAAUAAGGAUUCAUGUUAGUUUAUUAGUUACUAAUUUUGACAAUGUCUGUGGCACAACUUGUAAGCAUGGUUUCAAAUCUGCAUAGACAGAUAUUUCUAGGAUUGAAGUCUGCUCUGUCCUUCCAAAACCUUAAAUCACUUCCAUCGUUAUUCUUUCAACCAAGUUGCCUAAUUAUUUUUUCAGACGAAAAUUGAAUUUCUUGAUUGGUUUUUUGUAUCUUGCACACAACUAUACAAUUACUUUGGCUCUUCACGUUUCACUUUGUUCUGUAAUGGAUGUCCUUCAGACCGGAGGCAUUCCUUUUGCUAACUGUAUAUAGAUUCGAUAACCCAGUGCACUGUAGUAUGUACCAUGACAGCCUAUGUAUGCAAAGGCAUUGUAUGCGUAUCAUCGAAUAACAUCUUAAUUUUGCCAGUGUUGUCUUUUCUCGCUGAAUAUC